AUGACGGUGCCGAGAUGGACGUUCCCGGGGACGCCUCUCAACCACUUUCAUGGAGCUGCCGCUUCUGAGAUGUCGCCCCUCGUGGCUCGGCAUCCUUCAGUCACCGACAACGACGAACACAUUGUCCGCGUCAUGCUGAUCGUAACGACCACUUUUGCUUCGAUCAGUGUCUUGUCGACUCUGUUCGCCCUAUACUGGUUCGUGAAGAUGAAGCGGAGUUUCCGGCACGAGUUAAUCUUGCUCCUAAUCCAAAGCGAUUUCGCAAAGUCGAUGGUCUUGGUCGUAUUCGCCAUUGUGAGCUUUGUUGGGGGUACUGUUCCUUCCGACUCAGCCUUUUGCCAGGUCAGCGGAUUUGUUCUCGCUGUGGGCAUCGAGUCUUCCGACAUUGCCGUCUUGCUCAUUGCCCUCCACUCCGCCAUGUAUAUCUUUCGCCCAAGGGCAGGGCUCUACCCGUAUCGCCGACGGGCCUACUUGGUCUUCUAUUUGUACCCGACUUUGGCUGCGUGCCUAGCAUUUAUCGGCGGCAAUGGGUACCAGAACAUGGGGCCCCAUUGCUAUUUGCGAACCGACAGGAGCUGGGCGCGGCUGUUGCUUAGCUGGAUCCCACGGUACAUCAUCUGCGUCAGCAUCGUCAUCAUUUACCUAUCCAUCUACUUGUAUAUCCGAAGAAGGAUGGGAGACUACGGAAGGCGGUGCUCGGAAGCCAUGCAGUCGCAGGCGUCCAGGCGAUCAACGGUAACUGCUUCGACACCCAGGCUCCGGUACAAUGGACUCCUUCCUUCCACGCCAUGCUCGCGUCGGAGCUCGGCAACCGACACCAUACUGACGGUCAAAGACCCGCUCCGGCCGCCAUCAUCGAUCAGCUCGGCCUGGCCCACGAGCGCAAGGACGAGUGUGGACCUCCGCCUCCUCUUCGCCUACCCGCUCGUCUACAUCAUCCUAUGGCUCUUCCCCUUCGUCGCGCACGUCCUCGGCUACGACUCCUCCUCCUCCUCCUCCUCCUCCACCCCACUCGUCAACCCCCCGCCCCCCUCCCACUGGCUGCUCGUCGUGUCCAUCCUCAGCCUGUGCGUGCAGGGCGCCGUAGACUGCCUCCUCUUCCUGCUGCGCGAGACGCCGUGGCGGUAUGCGCGCGGGAGGCGGUUCUGGGCGGUGUUGGGCAGGCGGUGGGCGUGGAGGACCGGGGGAAGUUGGUGGUGGUGGUGGGGUGCGGGGUGUGGUGCGGGAGGGGUGGGGUUGCGGGGGGAUGAGGUGGGAAGGACCAGGGAGGAGAUGUUGGUUUAUGGGCGGUUGGCGAGGGAGAGGAGGGAGGGGGAGGUUGAGGUGGAGAGGGCGAGGGCGAGGGGGAGGGAAAGGGCGGUUGCGAUGGCGGUGGGGUGGGGGAGUGGUUCUACUACUGUUGCUGGGGAGGGGGUUGCUGCUGCUGCUGUCCCUGUGAGGAGGGAGUGGUGGGAUGGGUGGGCAGAGAGGGUGGGGUGGAGUGAUGAUGAUGAUGUUGACGUUGAUGAUGUUGAUGAGGAGGGUAGAGGUGGGGGAGAGCCUAGGGCGGAGGCUCGAUAG